AACAAUUUCUACAUCGCCAUCGUCGAAAUUUCUCUGGUAGCAAGCAGACGCAUCUCUUCUUUUCCCGUUUUCCCUUUGUCUCUGCAAACCCUAGAGGACAGAUCCGAACAGCGUAAUCGAGGCUAGUCACCAUGGAAUACGUACCUCGAAGAGCUCAAAGUGGCCUUUUCGAAGGCAUCUACAAGGUUUUCAUGCGCCGGACCUCCGUCUAUGCCACGUUUGUCCUCGCCGGUGCUUUCUUCGGAGAACGGGCUGUGGAUUAUGGAGUUCACAAGUUGUGGGAGUACAACAAUGUUGGGAAACGCUAUGAAGACAUUUCAGUUUUGGGACAAAGACCAGCAGAAUGAGCGGCUUAACUCUGCUUUAUUGCCUGUUUGGAUGUCUCAUAUUGGAUGAGUUUUGGAGUCAAACCUUGAUGUCACCAGAUUAGCAAUAAGAGUUCUUGGAAGGGAGUCAAACCAUACUUUUAAGACAACUGCAUUUGUUCUUUUUUGGGUGUUUUUUGUAUUUUGUUUCUGUAAGCACAACAGUAAUUUAACUGAGAACAUUGUGCUCUUCAGUUUGGCAAGAUCUG